UGAAGUCCCAAAUUUAACAAUGGUAAAAAAAUCAUGCAAAUGCAUGUCCAAAUAUUGAAAAAUGAAAAGGAAGAACGAUAAUCCAAACAGCAAGAAAGAAGCUGUUAAGGCUUAAAAAGAAAUAUUUAAAAAAAAAAAAAAAUCAAAAAGCCAGAAGCCAACCGCCUAAUAGGCUCCACCAUUGAAGUGUUGAGAAGUAGCCGGAGGAGGAGAGAAGAAGAAGAGAUGUCAUUGUCCUCUCAUUUUUCCUCUCUCUAAAAGGCUCUCUCUCUAACCCCUGGGCCCCUUUUGUGGGUCACCACUUUCCCCUUACCCCACCAACCCCACCCCAUCACCAUCGUCAUCAUCAUCUCCCAAAAGCCAACCUAGCCCCACUCCCUCUCUCUCUCUCUCGAUCCUUCCUUUCUUCCUCCUUCUGCAGUUCUCUUUGUUUGUGUUCCUGCAGAAACCAUAAAGAAAAGCGAAGAACACUCAGGAAAGAGAGAUACCAUCGAGAAAGAAAACCAAGAGGAGGAAACAGCAAAGUGAUGGCAAUGUCUUUCCUUGCAGGCUCAGAAAAGUCUCAUUCUCAGGGCAAGAAACCAGAAUAUGGAGUUCUGUUAUUUGUCCAUUUUGCUUUGUUUUUUCUGAACAAUCAUCUCCAACCUAAAUAAAAUCUUUGGUUUCUUUCUCUCGUUUCUCUUCUCUCAGCAAAAAAGGAGAAGAGAGAGACAGGGAGAUCAUAAUCAACUUAGCUUUUAAUCCUUUUUUUUUUUUUGCUGAUUUUUGUCUCUGUCUCUCACCAAGCGUAGAACAUAUCAAAAACCCAGCAACCAGAAUCCUUGUUUCUGUUGUAGAAGUGUCUGUUGGCACAGAGAGAGAGACAGGGGGUAGGGGGAGAGACCAUAUCUCACUAUACGUACAUAAAUAAACCAAUCAGUCUUUCUGUUUGGCAAUUUUUCAAAAACUUUUUAAGUUUUGCGAUGAUGAUGUCUGCCAGCAAUGGUGGUAGCGAAGGAGGUGGUGGUGGUGGUGAUGAUGAUGUUGCUGCUGCUGCCGCCACUAAUCAGGGUGCAGGCAGGGAUAUGCAUGCCAAUGUUCAUCAUGGUGGAAGUGGUAAAGGUGGCAAUGGCAAUGGUGAUGGAAAUGGUGAGACCCAUUUGAAGAGGGGCCCAUGGACGGCGGAGGAGGACGCGAUACUCGCGGAGUACGUGAGGAAACACGGUGAAGGAAAUUGGAAUGCAGUGCAGAAACAUUCUGGAUUGUCUCGCUGUGGCAAGAGUUGCAGGCUCCGCUGGGCCAACCACCUGCGGCCCAAUCUUAAGAAAGGUGCCUUCUCGCUUGAAGAGGAGAGACUCAUUGCUGGGUUUCACGCUAAGUGGGGCAACAAAUGGGCUCGUAUGGCUAGUCUGCUCCCUGGAAGAACAGACAAUGAAAUCAAGAACUACUGGAACACGAGAGUGAAGAGACAUCAGCGCCGUGGAAUCCCUCUUUAUCCUCCUGAUAUUCAACCACAACACCCAUCAAGCCCACAUUUCCACCACCACAGGUCCUCCUCUUCAUGCAUCACUCCGACCACCCCAACCUCCUCUUUCACUUUCCCGACGCCUCACCCGCUGGCUCCAACGUCUGCUACUCCUCCCCAUCUCUCCCUUACCACCCCUUCUACUAGUUUUCCUACUCUUCCGCUUUUUGACUUCUCUCAACCCCCCCACCACCACCAUACAUCCCACUCUACACCCACCACACCAACCUCUUCGUUUUCUUUCCACACCCAACUUCCCUCACCAUCACAUGCACACAUUCAAAAUGCUGCAUCUUCUGUAUCUCCUCUAUCGUCUCCCUCCACCAAUGCAUCGACUAAUUUUCCUACUCUGCCGCUUUUUGACUUCUCUAUACCGAGAACCCUUCCAGUCCUUCAGACACCUAUGCGCUUCAAACGCUUCUCCUCCUCCCCUAACAUGGCCACCGUCACCACCACCAACAGUAUUAGUCCUGAUUCUCACUUCUCGCUGCCCUUAUCACCAUUGCCCCCUAAUUCAACAUCCAACAUGCCUCCUCUGAGUCACCAGAUGCAUUCCUGCUUUGGUAGCUUAGUAACCAGCAACAGCAGCAGCGAGUUCUAUGAUGGACUGCAGGAGGAGAAUCAGGAUAUGUGUUCGCUUUUGGCUGGUGUGACACAGCCGGAGCUCCCUUCAAACCAAUAUUUUUUAAAAACAAACCAGAAUAGGAAUUUGGGGAUUGGUGUAACUACUCCCAUUAGUAAGUUUGGUAGAAGAGCGAGUAAGAAGAAAAUUAGUAAUUCUAUUAAAGACAAUUUUAAUGGCAACCUGGGGUUGACAUUGGAGGAUCUUUUGCAAGAAUUUGGACAGAGUUCCACAGAGGACAGCAGUUUGGUUUUGCAGGAACAGAAGCCUAAGCUGCUCAGUUCUGAUGGAUUUGGCUUACAUUGUGAUCAAUCCAGUCCUCUUGCUUUGUCUUCAGGAUUGGAACCGAAGGAUGACGUUGCAGGCCAAUUCAACGCCAUGCCUGACGACUUCAGCAAGGUUUUUGAGACCAUCCCUUCUCCAGUACAGGCUGAGUUGUAUAAUGAUAGUGCAGAUAUCUCAAAUGGGCCAUCUUCAGAUGUAACAGAUGAUAAUAUUGGGUUUGAGAUGCAGCACAUAGCUUCACUGUUUCCCCCAGCAGACAAUGGCAGGAGUACUUUCGGGUCUUGCUCUUGGGAUAAUUUGCCAGGGAUUUGCUGAGAGUGUGUGAGUUCAGAUUGCAUGCAACUUUGAGAGAGGCAGGAAAACACCAAGGCUUUUGGGUUAAUGGUGUAUUGUCUAUUUUUUUUUCGUAUCAAACUUGAAUGGGGUUUGGUUUGUUCUAGCAAAUGAUGCUUUCUAGUAUCUCUCUUUAGCUUCAAAAGAUGAUGUGUCUUAACUAUGAACGUACAUCACCAUACCCAUCCUUAAAAAUAAUACCAUUACCGAACAUAAUUGUUCGUGUGUCUUUCAUUGUUAAAUGAAAUCUUCUGUUUUGC